AUGCUACGGGUCGCCGGAAGGGUCAGCGCCGAGAGGAGGGGCGAGUUGCCAAGUGACCGCGGGGAGCUCGAGGGCGCCGAUGGUGACGCCUGCGCAGUCCGCUCCGGGGAAAAGGACGCCGCGCCUGUGCAGUCGGCGCCGCGCGCUCUCGCCGGCUGCCGGGCGGAAAGCUCCGGGCAUGCGCGGGCGGGCGUUCGCGCAGGCGCCUUGAGCGUCGGGCAAGGAAGAUGGAGGUCAAAUGAGCCUGAGAGCGGAGCAGCAGCAGUCAUGGCUAUUUUCGACACCCCCCAGGAGGCCUUCGGAGCCCUCCGCCCUGCCUGCGUCCAGCUGACCAAGGCCCAGACGGUGGAGAACGUGGAGCGCCUCCAGUCCCAGCUGCGGGUGGUCAGCGACUCGGCCCUGCAGGAGCUCCAGGAAUACGUCCUUUUCCCUUUGAGAUUCACUCUCAAGACCCCCGAGCCGAAGCGGGAGGGUGUGGUCCGAAGUGUGGUGCAGUGCAUCGGCUUCGUGCUUUCGUCCACAUGCGUGAAGAAGGCAGAUCUCCUCCUGGAGCUGUUCUCCGAGCUCUGUGUCUGCCUGGCGUCUCCCUCCAACCCAUCCCAGCUGGCCCCGUUGUCAGAGGAACUGAAGCAAGACGUGGCCCAGGCUCUGCUCGCUUUGCUCCACUCCGCUUACGGAGAUGUUCUUCUGUCUCUCUACCAGCCCUCCAGCCUUCCCCAGCUGGGCUUUGCCGUGUCCCUGCUCUUGGCCCUUGCAGAACAGGAAAAAGCCCGGCAGCUUAAGAUCACGGCCUUGCGGUGUCUGCAGGCUCUCCUUCUGCAGUGUGACUGCUCAGAGGAUCACCAGUCCCUGGAGAAAGAAGAGAUGAGGCAAUGCGGAGAUCUCUUUGCCUCCUUCCUCCCUGGGAUCUCCAUUGCUCUGUCCAAGAUUAUUGCAGCAGACGUGAAGCAAGGUCACGCCGUUACAGUCUCAGCCAUCAAACUCUUCUCUAGGGUCAUCAGUCUGGUGAUGGCCGAUGAACAGCUAGCACAGAUCCCACCGGAGAGGAAGAAACCAGCCUUGGAACAGAGUAAAAUACAGGAGCUGGUGGUCCACCGAGACGCAGCCUGGACGAGAAACACCACCUCCAAACUCUCCAUCCUUAUCAAGAAGGUGGCUGGAUCUGGGUCUGUUCAUCCCCACUGGAAGGUACGAAGGGAGCUGGUGGAAAUGGCCCGUCUCCUCCUGACAACAUGUGGGCGAUCUUUGGUGGACUCGGCCGGACAGUUGUUAAAAGCCUUAGUUGGCCUUGUGAAUGAUGAGAGCCCCGAGGUCCAGCGUCCGAGCGAGAGGGCGUUGAAGGAUAUCGCUGCGCAGGAGAGAGUGGCCGGGAAUAGGCUCCUGGCCGAUAUCCUGUCUGAGGAUCUUCACUCUCUGGCCACUGCUCUGCCCCGCUUAAUGACCUCCCAGAACGACCAAGGCAAGAUGGCGACUUUAAACCUGGUCCUUGGAUACCUGAAGCUCUUGGGCCCAAAGGUGAGUGUGGUUCUCCACUCUGCCUCCCACCUUCAGCGUCUGUCCAAGGCCCUGAUGCAAGUCCUGGAGCUGGAGGUGAAGGAUGUGAAGGUUGUGGAGGAGAGGAGCUGUGUCCCUGAAGCUUUUCCUCAGCCUUCGCUGGGCAGCCUCCAGAGGAAGUACUUCCGCUUCUUCACAGACGACCGGAUUUUUUCCCUCCUGCAGCAGAUUUGCCGGGCUCUGGGCACUUACGGGAAUCUCUACUUGCUUGUGGAUCACUUCAUGGACCUGUACAGGGAAUCCAUUAUGUACCGGAAGCAAGCUGCAAUGGUUGUCAAUGAACUGAUUGCUGGAGCCGCAGGGCAGGAGGCACAGAACACUUUGCUGAGCUCCGAGGAUCUCGUGGGGAUCGUAACUUCCGUGCUAGAAGAAUAUGUGGACUCAGGAAACUGGCAUUUGGUCACCAGCUUGGAGGUCCAAGAGUCCUGGGCUGAAUCGGCAGCCACAGAUUCCAGAGCUCUUGCUGUUACGUACGGAGCAGCUCACGGACCUCUGGUAUCCCCAGAUUCAAGCCCCACCAUCCACUGUAUGAACAGCAACAUUUGGCAGGUCUGCAUCCAACUGGAAGGGAUCAGCACCUUUGCCUCUGCCCUGGGGAAGGACUUCCGUUUGCUCUUAAUCUCCGCUUUGUAUCCUGUGCUGGAAAAGGCCGGGGACGGCACGCUCCUGGUCAGCCAGACUGCAAAGGGGACCCUGGUCAACAUCUGCCAGGCCUGUGGCUACCUCUCCGUCCCUGAACUCCUCAGGCAGAAUGCCGAUUACCUGGCGAACGGGGUCUCCUUGCACCUGAGGCACCCGGCCGAUGAGCCCCAUGCCUUGCGGGUCCUGGAGGCCAUGCUCCGACACUCGGAUGCCGGGGGGGCCUCCUUGGUGGAGGACCUGGUUGAAGACGUUUUGGACAGACUGGAUCAGUGUCACAGUGAACGGGCAUCUUCGUUCCUAGGGGCUCUACGGACCCUGAUGGCCUCACUAGCUUCCUGGUUUGGGCCAGAGCAGCAAACUCACCACAAGCCGGAAAGUGGUUCCUCCUGCCCGCAGGCACCGAGGCCAACCAACCUGCCCACUGCAGCUGAAAUGGAAGAGUUCUUCUUGGCAUAUGUGAAGCAGAAGCAGAUUGCAGAGGGGGAUGUCGAAGAGGAGGAGGAAGAGGAUCCUGCAGUGCAGCCCGAAGCACCGGAAGGGUCUCCUGAGGCAGAGAGGUCGUUGCCCUUGCAGGCCAAGAUGGCGAAAGAUGUCCUGGAGAGAGCCAUCCAUUUGCUCCCCAGCAAGAGCCUCGCAGUGCGACUGAAGGCCCUCGAAGUCCUCGAACUCGGUGUGACAGUCCUUGGUCCACAUGAAAACGUGCUCCUCCCACUGGCACAUCAGGCGUGGCCUGCUCUCGUUUGCCGCUUGGUUAACGACGACCCCUUGGCUGUUCUCAGGGCCUUUAAGGUGCUGUGCACUCUCGGAGCCCACAGUGGGGAUUUCCUAAGGAGCCGCUUCUCCAAAGAUGUCUUGCCAAAGCUGGCGGCCUCCCUUGUCGCCCAGGCCCCCACCAGCGCCCACGCUGGGCCUGUCUACAGCUACACCCUGGCCUUCAAACUGCAGCUGGCUGUGCUCCAGGGCCUCGGGUCCCUCUGCCAGGCUCUGGAUCUGGGUGAGAACGACCUGAGUACGGUGGUGGAUGCCUGCCUGCCCUACCUCAGCACCAGGCAGCCUGGGAGGCUGCAAGAAGCUGCUCGCAGUGUUUUCCUUCGCCUGAUGGAGGUCGAUCCAGAUGCCAUCUGGUUCUUCCUCUGCAGCAUCUGGUGCCCCAGAAACCUGGAGGCCCCCCACCCCUGCCUGCGCCCUGUGAAACUAGCGGGGAGCGAGAAGACGCGGAACGAGUUCACGGACAACGUGCAGAGCCUCUUGGACCAGCUGGGCAGUUGAGGGCGAGGGAGGAGCGCCCGGGCACACUCACGCUGUGGAGGUCAAAGACCCCAGGGGUUCCCUAAGCAAACCUUUCCAGCACCGAGAGAAGCCACUGCCUGCAGCCGGCCCCCUCCUCUCUUUUCCAAAUGCUCUUUGAAAAAUAUAUUUUUAAUUCUUAAUCUUCCUGUCUUCAGCGAGCGAUUGUUUCAUGGGACGGAGGCCACCACGGAGAAGGGCAGUUUCCAGAUUUCUGAACGUCCACAGGUCCGGCCGAAUCUGCCUGGAGCCAAGGAACUUUGGGACAUCUAGAACCCAAAUCGUGAAGGGUGCUGGCAGACGAUACCUGGAACCUGAUUGGUCCAUAUGUUGUCGGGAGGCUGCAAUUUGCCCUUUUGGGUCUGCGUGGUUCUCUGGUCUCACAACAAGCCACAAAACAGAGAGACCUGGUGCUAAUCCUGGCUGGGCCCAGGAUGGAGACCGGACUCCCAGGUGGCUCCGUAUCCUAGUUUGCCCCAUGUUCCUGGUUGGCCGCAUGUAUUAAGAGGCAGGUGGGGGAACAGAAGACCCCAAACUUCCUGCCCUGCUUUCUCCCCAGUGCCAAAAUUUGAGCCGGGGGGAGGGAGGGGACUCCCUGAAAGUUUGCAGCAUUCGGCUUCCGCUUUGCAGACAAAGAGCCGAACUUAAUAUGCAGAGCACCAGCUGGGAAUUAAGCAGGCAGCGUGGAAAUGCCAUUUGCCUCUUCUGACCGUUAUGUGGCUUCAGAGAAAAGCAAUUUGCUCCGCCUGUAAUAAAGCCGAGGUGAUAACGAAGCUCUUGAGCCUUG